AUGCCCGACGUGCUGUACGUCCCGGGUGUGCGGGCUAACCUGCUGUCGUCCGGCCAGCUGAAGGAGCACGGCGUGAAGCUACAGGAGGACGGAGACGGAAUGCUGCUCGUCUCGGCAGCUGGAGAGGUGCUUGGUCGGGCAACGUACUCCGGGCAAGUCCUCUGCACCGACCUGCGUCCCUGCUCAACGACGCCGACGUCGACCACGCCGGAGGUUGUGGCCCUGCGGGCGAUCGUCUCGAAGACGAAGUCGACGCCGGACAGGAUGCAUGCGAGGCUUGCACACGUCGGCAUGGACACCAUUCGGAGCUCGGCGAAGAACGAGGUCGCCGUUGGGCUGGACAUAAAGUCGGCGACGGGCGCCGACUCACCGUGUGUCUCAUGCGUCGGCGGGAAGCUAGCGCGGCACACCUUCCCCGACCAAGGCUCCGACGCCGACGACGUGCUGUCCGUCGUGCACAUCGACCUGUGCAGGCCGUUCCGCGUGGCUGCCAAGGACGGCAGCUUGUACUUCCUGCUGCUGAUGGACCGCAAGACCCGCUACGUGUUGGUGACGCCGGUCGCCAAGAAGUCGGACGUGCUGCUGGAGUUCGAGAAGUGGCUGGUGGUGGUGGAGAGGCAGACGAAGAAGUCGGUGCUGAUGCUUCGCUUCGACCGAGGAGGGGAGUUCCUCGGGAAGACGUUCACCGACUUCGUGGACGGAAAGCGGAUCGUCUACGACCUUAUCUGUCCGUACACCCCGCAGCAGAACGGCAUGGCGGAGUGGAAGAUGAGGACGGUGGUGGAGUCAGUGCGGACGAUGCUGCUGCACAUGGGCGUGCAGCACCAUUGGUGGCACCUCGCUCUGCGGCAGGCCGUCUGGGUCCGCAACUGCCUUGAGAGGUCGACGCUGCCACCGGGGACGACGCCGUACCAGCUGCUGACCGGGCAGAAGCCCGACUUGUCGAUGGCGCGGGUGUGGGUUUGCAUGGCUCAGUUCCUUGUCCCCGAGCAGCAGCAUGGUGGGAAGCUGAAGCUGAAGGCCAGGUGGGGCCUUCACCUUGGUGUGUCGGCGGCGAGCAAGGGUUGGGAGCUCUUCGACAUUGACGCCUACCGGGUGGUCACCACAUCGGACGUGGUGUUCUACGAGGAUAUGUCGCUGGAGGCAGGUCGACGUGGGAUUGAAGCCGACGUCGACAGAGAGGAGCAGGUCGAGGAGCAGCAGCCGACAGGGGAGCAGGCAGCAGUGCAGCCGACCGCGGAGCAGUCGGCAACCAGGCAGUCGGCAGGGAAGCCGACCACAGGGAAGAGGUCGACCGAGGUGCAGCAGGACGACGAGGGCAGCGAAGCCGGUGACGAAGGAGAGUCCACCAAGAGUGACGUGGUGGAGGUUCGGCCGGAACCCGGGAAGUCAGGCCGAGUUCGGAGGCCACCGGACUUCUUCGUCCCCGCUGCCUUCACCACGGUGUACGAUGUGGACGAUGACAACCUGCUGUACGACGACGCCGAGGAGAAUGAGGAGUUUCCGGAGCUCGACCCAGAGCACCGUUCGGACAUCUCGACGAUGACGGUGAAGGAGGCUUUGGCGAGCUGGAAGGGCCCGGCGGUGAAGGCCGCCAUGGAGGAGGAGAUUCGCAGCCUCAUCAACAUGGGCACUGGGAGCUGGUCGAACGCCCGCCGCGCCCUGGUCGUGAAGGGCUUCACCCAGGUGUAUGGCGCUGACUACGACGAGACGUCCGCGCCGGUGGGCAGCUACGUCACGCUGAGGAUCUCCCUCAGCAUUGUCGCCGUCCUCAACCUCAACCUGAUGCAGCUCGACAUGAAGAACGCCUUCCUGCAGAGCAAGCUCGACCGGGUGCUCUACAUGUCCCAGCCGGAAUACUUCAACGACGGAACCGGCCGGGUGUCCAAGCUGCUGAAGAGCCUGUACCGGCUGAAGCAGUCGCCGCUGCUGUGGUACUUGGCGCUCAACGACGUGCUGGUCGGCGCCGGGUGGAAGAAGAGCCAGGUCGACGAGGCUCUCUACUUCAAGGUCGGUGACGACGGAGUGGCCUGUUGGGUGCUGGUCUACGUCGACGACCUGCUCGCCGCAAGCAGCAGCACCGAGAUGCUGAAGGAGCUGAAGGAGCUGCUGGAGUCCGCCUUCGAGCUGCGUGAGAUUUCGCCGAAGACGCCGGUCUCGGUCGACGCCUACGCCGAGCUCACCUUCGAUGACGAGAAGGCACAGGAGCGACAGGAGGAGGAGUACCGGCAACAAGUCGGCUCGCUGCAGUUCGCGACGACAACGACGAGGCCAGACAUCGCCUUCGCCUGCAGCAAGCUGGGGAGCGGCCUCACAGUAAGGAGCAACCAGCACUGGCGCGAGGUUGACCGCUGCCUCGCCUACCUCGCCAACACGCGUGACAUCGCCCUGGAGUUCGGCGGUGGGCCUGAGUCGCUGGAGCUGAUCGGCUACAUGGACGCCGAUGACGCCGAUGACAAGCAGAACAGGAAGAGCACUGGCAGCUACGUAUUUGUCUACGGUGGGGCCGCAGUCUCCUCGUCGAGCCAGCGCAUCAAGUGCGCGACGUUAUCGUCGACCGAGUCGGAGUACGUGGCGGCCACUGAAGCCGGUAAAGAGGGACGCUGA